AAAAAUGUUCAUUACAGUGCAGAACACACUCUGAACGUGUGAGGAGGAAGACGCACCAACACAGAGGCAACACCAUAAGAGUGUUCUGAAAUAAUUUAAUGGUAGAAGAUUAUUGAUGUGUUUGGGCCACAAGCCGCUUCAUGAAAAUGUCGGAGGAAAUCAAUGACGAAACCAUUUAUGAAAACAUUGGAACUUUCAGCAACCAACAAAUACGUACAGGGGGAAAUCUGUUCCGGCUUGUUUUCCUGAGCUUUGGACUCUUGUGUAUCCUUCAAGCUUCUCUCAACAUUUCACUGCGUCUCACUCUCUAUCGUUCUGAAAAUAAGACAGUCGACACUGAGGACAUUUUGAAGAACGUGAAUGAAGAGAGAGAUGACUUAAAGAGGAAGUUGGCUGUCUUUGAACGCUCUGAAAACAAGACAGUCGACACUGAGGCCAUUUUAAGGAACGUGACUGAAGAGAGAGACGAGUUAAAGAGGAAGCUGGCUGUCUUUGAUUCCCGCCAAGGAUGGAUGUAUUUCAGCGAUAGUUUCUAUUACAUUUCCUCAUCGAAGGAAUCCUGGCAGGACAGCAGAAGUGACUGUCAGCAGAGAGACGCAGACCUGCUGAUCAUCAACAGCAUAGAAGAGCAGGAAUUAACAAGACAUUUCCAAAAGCCCAUCAGGAUUGGACUGACUGACCGAGACACAGAGGGAGUGUGGAAAUGGGUGGAUGGGAGUCCGCUGACCACAAGGUCACUAUCAAAGGUCACUAUGUAUGCAUAAUUCACUAAACCCUGGAGAGGUUUGAGUUUGAGUUUAUUUACUUUGAUUACAUAUAUUUCAUUUGCUUAAACUGAUUAGGAUUCUAUAAUCACAAAGAAUAUAUUGUAUUUCAUAUUUUUUAGACUUUGGCUCUGUAAGACAUAAUACCUCUGUAAGACGCAAGGCAGGAGGUUUUUGUUGAAUGUUCUGGAGAAGAGGCCAGGUCAGGACUUGAUGUCACGGCCUUGUUCCGGGCAGCAAGCAAGAUUGUUGCCCAGGUGGCAUGACUUUGUCCUUGUAUUGAUUAAGACUGGCAAAUCAGCGGAUGAAGAAGGCAGAACUUCCUGGAAGAAAUCCACCAGCAUCUUUUGUAAACAAUUGUUAGGAUAAAUAUUGGGUCUUAGGGAAAGGAUGGGGUUCAGACUUCACGAACUGAAACCCGUCUGUUUGUAUUCAGGGACAUGUAGUUUUGGACCCAGAGCUCUGUAACUGCAUUUUUUGACGUAUUGUAAUAAA